AACGGAACCAAAAUGGCGUCCACCGCUUCAGCGGGAGGGAAUUCAAUACGAUAUUUUAUACUUUACUUGUAAUAACUGUUCAUUUACGGAAGCGGACCAUACAGGUUCGAACCUACUUUUCAUCAUGACAACGAAAAAGGUCGGAAAUGAAACUGAAGCUGAUCCAAAAGUUGUACACGACAUCCUCGACAAGCUCAAAUCACAAGGGCUCUUUGACCAGUUUCGGAAGGAAUGCCUGGCCGAUGUCGACACAAAGCCUGCCUUCCAGAAUCUGCGACAGAGAGUAGAGGGUUAUGUGUCACGUUUCCUGACACGACAGGUAUGGAGUCCAAACAUGAACAAGAACCAUCUCAGGGACAGCUUACGACGGCAGAUAAACCAGUCGGGUAUGCUGGCGACGGGUGUAGAGAGAGUUAUAGAACAGGUGGUGAAUCCAAAGAUUUUCCAUGUGAUCAAGCCAAAGAUUGAUGAGGUGGCAUGUCAGCACCUCAACAUCGAUCCUGAAAAGAGGAAGGAACGGAUGGAGUUGAAGAAAAACCAGCAGAAACAGAAUCUACAAAGUCUGAUGAGUCUAAGUGUCCCACCUCCUGAUUUCCAACAGCAGCAGACGAAUCAGCAGCCGACCCCCCUGCCACCUCAGUCUGCUACACCCUUCGGAAGUCCUCCUCUGAUGGCAGGCUUUCCUCAAACUUUCACAGCCAAUGCAUGGCAGCAACAGACUCCCCAGCAAUCGACUGUCGGCUCCUACCCACCUGGAAUGAUGUCUUUUCCAAUGGCCAUGCCCUUGCCUUUGGCUUAUGGAAUGCCGCCUCAAGCAUUUCCAUACAUGCCCAAUCCCUGGGGUGGAUUCACCAUGCCAAACAUUUACACCAAGCCCCCUGGCUUUGAUACCCCCUCGUCUGUGGGCAGUGAGGCAACAGUGACGUCCACAAACCCACCCAUCCCUGGGGUGCUUGCUCAGUUUGGAGUCAGUCCAGCCAUUGUCCAGAGUCCACUAGGCGUAUCUUCACCAUCAGUCUCACUGAAUGCUAGCGUUGCUGAUACACCCACUCCACCAAAAACUAGCCUACCACCCUUGCCCCCCAUCCCAAAAACUCCCCCACCCCCUGGAACAGAGGAGGAGGAGGAGGAGGAGGAGGCACCUGUCAUACCCAAAGACACACCUAAACAAGAGAUCAAUAAAGCCCUGUUUAAGGAAGAAAAGAACAUUCUGGAGGAUAUCCCUCUGCCAGCCAUGCCUCCUACACCCAAGAAGAAGGAGGAUAGCAAACAGCCCCCUAAAAAGUCUGAUAGCGAGUCUGUUGUUUCUGACUUUAAAACUUCUGGUGACGAGAGUUCUCAAGAUCUGACCAUGUUCACAACAGACAGCGAGAGUAUGGACACCCAGUCUACAUACAAGACAGGUGAUGAGGCCACCAGCACCAGCCAGAACAUUACUGAUGGUGAGACAAAGCGCCCGUACACAUUUGAGUGGAAUCGCGAGGUCGACCAGAUGUCUGAAAUGUCCGAGUUAUCAGUGAGCUCUGUCCACACCAGCGAUCUGUCACUGUUCAGUGAAGGUGGUUCCAACAGCGUGACUAGCGACCUAUCGGACGACGACAUUCCUGCACCAUGCUAUAGUCCACACCAUGGGGACGAACAGUCGGCCCAAGCCCAGGAUGAUGAUGAAGUUGAAGAAAAUGAAAUGGCUGACAGUCAAGACAUUUUGCCUGAGGUCAUUCCUCCAAAACAAGCCUCAUCACCAUCAGACAUAUCACCAGCCUCGUCCCCAGUACCAGCCGAGGAACAGAUCACAUCCUCCCCAUCUGAACCAGGAACAGAGAAGCAAACACAAUCUGCAGCUGUCACUUUGGAACCUCAAACAACAUCACCAACCAUUGUGACAGAAUCACCAAAAGUCUCAGAAUCUGCAGAAGUCACUACGCUACCGAAGGUCUCAGAACCUGCUGAGGUCACGAUGCUACCGAAAGUCUCAGAACCUGCUGAGGUCACAGUGCUACCAAAGGUCACGGAAUCGUCAAAGGUCUCAGUUAUACCAAAGGUCACAGAAAUGACAGAGAAGGUCACAGCUUCAGCUAGGGCAGCGACACCCGGAAAACCAAGGCGCCUGAUAUCACUUCAGUACAACUACAGUGAUAGCGACGAUGAGGAAACCAGAGAGGAACGCAAGGCCCGAAUCGCUCGUGAGAAGGAAGAGAGGUACGUACAGCGUCUACAGAGGAGGGCAGAACUGGAGGCACGUCGCAAGGACCGGGAGGAGGAGAAGGCUAAACUACGAGAGGAAAGGAAGAAGUCCAAAGACAGCAAGAAAGAAGAAGAAAUAGACAAAGAUUUGCAAGAGGUGAGCAAAGAGGAGGCUGAGAUCCAAAUGGAAGUGAAGUGUCCGGAUUCUCCAGAAAAAAAGAAGAAAAAAACAAAAGCAGAACUAAAAGAAGAACUCACCAAACAGAAAGUACAGGAGAAGAAGGAAGCCCUCCGCCGCCAGCGGACCAGGACGAGGCGGUACACAUCCGAUGAGUUUACCUCUAUCUACACAGAGAAGAAACAGCCUUUCUCCAGUCAGAGUUAUGAAGAGUUAGUUGUUGAGGAAAUGGCAGUGGAGGAAACCAUAGAAACAGAAACAGUGGAGACAGACUUCACAAUAGGCAUGAUGGUUGAUAUCACUCCCGAUAUUGACUUGUCACAAGGACAGGAAGUGACCUCACAGGCACAGGAAAUGACAUCACAUGGAGAGGAAGUUGCCAGAAAUUCAAACACAACUUCAAGUUCAGUGGAAUUUGAGGAUAGCUUUGAGUCACCACCUACACCUACUCAGGACGAAACAGUCAAUGAGAAUCAGAUCGCUGUCAAUCAGGACACCACAUCUAUACCGAUAUUUGAGGUCCAUAGCUCCACCUCCUCAGGGCUAGGCAUCGGCCAAUCAAUCCACCAGACAAGAUCUCGUGGCAAAGUCAGUGACGACAUUCAAAGCAAUUCUUCUGGACGUGCAGUUAGUCCCAUGAGUGACCUCUCGGAUACGGUCAAAUCGGAUACGGCAGGAGAUGGCCGGAGGACUGGGAAGCGAAAAAGAGUGAACAGUGGCGAAAGACAGCUAAGUGUGGACACAGAUACCAGAGGCAAGCGUGGACGUGUCAGACUCAAUAGUUCACCAACCCAAGCAUUGACGGAGGAUUUGUCUGGCAAGAAAUCAACAGACACUGAGAAACUGAGUUCUAAACGAUACGACACAUCUGACCUCUACAAACCUCACCGCACUUUCCGUAGUUCCAGACGUCACGGGUCGUCACCAGGAGCAACACACGAUACAGUCAGCAAGGCAAAAGAGAACAAAAAUAAAGUCAAGUCAUCGUUAGAUACAAGCCCAAUAAGUUCAAGGUCAACAUCACCGGUGUCUUUAAUUGGACAGACUAGCCCGAUUUCCUCUUCGUCAGCCUCAUUUUCAUCCUCAAGGUCACCCUCAAAGUCCAAGUCAAGGUCACGGUCAAAUUCGUCAUCUUCAUCAGGGAGUCUACAUUCUAGAAGCAGCAAAUCCAAUGCUAAAAAGUCAGCGUCAGGUUCCUCUUCAACGUCAUCUGUUGAUGAGUUUGGUCGCAGGAAACGGAAGAACCUCAGGAUGCCUAUUGACAUGGUGGACUUUGGUGAAGCGGCCAGGUUGGCCAAAAGUAGUCUGAUCAAUGUUGACUUUGGUGAAGCAGAGCGCUGGGUUCAGCAGCAAGGCAAAAGGCAAUUAUGUGGUCGAGGUGGUAACCAAGGAAGACCUGGUCACCAGCGGGGAGCCGUGGGCCAGCAGGGCAGGGGUCAGUGGCACAACCAGGGGGCCACUUGGACCUUUCCAAUGGAGGCUCAUCCCGGGUCUUCAUCUCCACCUCAGAGUCCCCUGAAACACUUCUAUCCAUAUGACACUAUUGAAAAAUCACCCUCACCACACUCCCCUCGGCCAGAGUCCCCACCUUACCCCUACCCCUACCGGGGACGGGACACACCACCACCACCACCACCACCACUUCCUGGCUAUUCAAGGCAAAGGUCAGAGUCACCCAUAUACAGGUCAGGAUCACCAGGUUAUAGGUCAGGGUCUCCAGGUUUUAGGUCAGGGUCACCAGGUUAUAGGUCAGGGUCACCAGGUUUUAGAUCAGGGUCACCUGCAUAUCGACGACCGAGCAUGGAAUCACCUCCUCAUUACAGUCAGAGAUCUCCAUCACCUUCUCAAAAGAGACCACACACAAGGGCUGUUGUUCAAAGGCCAAUUUCGCCAGAUGACUGUAUUGAAACAAUCUCCAGUUCAUCUGGUUCAUUUGAUGAUCCUCCGUCUCCAAGCCCAAGGUCACAGAGAUCAGCAUCCCCUAGCCACCGUCCUGUAAUUAGAGGUCAUCGACCUACAUCUCCCUCCCCAGGUCCUGUAAGAGGCCCAAGGUCACCUUCUCCACCUCUACACUUAACUUCAAGGGGACAGAGACCCCCUUCGCCCACAAAUCGCCCUAUUACUCGGGGGCCACGAUCUCCAUCGCCUGGUAUCAGGAGCAAAAGGCCCCCCUCUCCACCCUCUCCCCCUCUACGGGUUAUCAGAGGCCCCAGGUCUCCCUCCCCUCCACACCCUGCCUUGAGAGGACAGAGACCCCCCUCUCCUCCAUCUAGACCUUUGACCCGAGGACAGAUCUCUCCGUCACCCAUAGAUUCCCCUCCUCUUUUUAAACGUCAACGACCCUUAUCACCGCCUUCCAGACCUUUAACCCGUGGACAGAGAGCAAUCUCACCCCCAUAUAUGGAGGAGGUGACACCAUCUACUAGGGCACUAAGGAGCCAGCGUCCUCCCUCACCCCCAAUGAUGUCACAGCGACUUCGUAACAAGCACACAGCCCCAGACCGCUUCUCACCGCCACCCAUUCAGAGGGAGACAAGAAGACAGAGACCCCCUUCACCUCCACCUCCACCUCGGCUCAAUAUGAACAAAAAGGUCAAAAGGUGAACAUAGUAGACACUUGGAUACCUAUUUUGUGCUAAACAAAUUGGAAUAAAAAUGUUGGUAAACCAACACAAUUAUCCGGCACGGAGAUCUAACAUCCUACGGGCAAUGGUCUAUGAUCCGUCUUUUGUGCUAAACGUGUAAUUUCCUAGAGGAGCCAGUCAGCCUUCAGAGACAUGAUUCUGUUAUAUCUAACUACAGAAAUGUGGCCCAUUGCGUCAUAUUUUAUACGUCUCCUGAAAAUGGUCAUGUGAUAUAUUGACCUUCAUCUUCAUCUAUUGUAAUGCUUCAUGUGUCAUGUGUUUACAUUUUGAUAUUUUCAAAAUCAUUACAUGGGUUGAUUUCAUCUAAACUUGUCAAAGACAAUACUUUAAUGAUAGGUAUCUCAGGUUAUUAAAAUGAUGGGCUUCAGCUCUAUCAAAGGCAAAAAGGGAAAGUUUUGCACUCCGAUCUCUUCUGAAGUAUGAUAAAUUCCAAAGCUUUUCCCUAUAAUAAGUAAGAAUCUUCUUCCUAAGCUCCAUAAGGCCCAGUGUCCUGAUAGUUUGCUAGUAGGUACCUUUGAUGGAGUGCUAUAAAAUUUCCUUAUAUCAAGUAUCUUGGUCCACUUUCAAUGUCAUAAGGAUCACAUGUUAAAAAAAUCAAACAGCAUUAUGUCAUCACAGGUCUAGGCCAUGAUAAUUGGAUAUAUUUUUUCUUAUUCGUUGGGUCACAACUUGUAAACGUUGUAGAUGCCAAUCAUAUAACCGUUUAUAUGCUUGCUCAGAUUGAAUAAAA